AUGGGUUACAGCAAGCUGUGUCUGUUACUGCUGCUGAUCAACUACACGUUGGCUCAGGAAGGCAAUGGCAGUAGUGAACUAACCUCAACGUGUCUAUUGGCAUCCAGAUUUAAGACCUAUAAGAAAUAUGUGUACCAGUACACCACAGAGAGCAGAAAUGGUGCCGUGGACACUGCCAACCUGAAAAACGGCCUUCAAGUCUCCUGUCAGGUAGAGAUCGAAGUCCCCCAGACGUGCAGAUUCGUCAUGGACACCAGAGACUGUGCUCUCAGUGAGGUCCACUUCAUGGAUUCCCAGGGCCAACCGGUCUACAGGCAGAAUCCUCACUCUGAUGCCUUCCAGGCUGCCAUGGAAAGGAACCGUCUGAAGUUCACUGUGGAGAAAGUUACCAGUGUCCACCUUUACCCUGAGACAGAAGAGCCAGUCCACAUCCUCAACAUUAAAAGAGGAAUCAUUUCAGCUCUCAUGGUGCCUGUCAUGGAGGAUGAACACCAUAGCCUCAUGAGCACAGUGCACGGGCAUUGCUUUACAGACUACUUAGUGCAUGCCAGAAGGGAUAUCGCCACAGACGUGACACUGUCCAGAGAUCUGUCCCAGUGUGACAAGUUCUACAGAAGGGAACUUGUCAGCAGCCCCCUGGCACUGCUGCAAAAACUGCAUCUCCCCUUGUCAAAACUGAUUACAAGCACUCAAAACUGCAACUACCAGUUUGAUAACAAGGGAAAGCACAUCAUGGCAGCCAUGUGUAAAGAAAACCACAUCUACCUGCCAUUUUCAAAUGUGGACAACGGAAUAUUUACUGAGGUGACCCAGAAUCUCAUCUUUCAAAGCUCCAAAAAGAUCAACAACAAAGUAUUUGAUGUGAACCCCAGCCAGAGCAAGCCACUCCACUUUGAAGACCCUGACUAUAAAGCUCCAGUCCAGACGAAGGACACUGCUCUGAGCACCCUACAGGACCUUGUUGCUUUGGCAGGCACAGACCAGGGUCAGAAGAGGACCAGCCUUUUCCAUAAACUGGUGUCCAAUCUGCGCGUCCUGAGGAACGAGACCCUGAGCCAGACGGUCACUGAGAUGUUGGAUAUGUCAGGCUGGCUCACCUGGCAGGCUCUGUUCCAGUGUGGAACCACAGAGUGCACCAGCGCCAUUUUCCAGGCUAUCAGGACCAUUGAUGGGUUGACACCAGAAGUGGAUGCUCUAGUCUAUGGAUUGAGUCUACAGGCUAACCCUGAUGCCACACGUGUCCGAGAUAUGCUCAGCAUGGCUCAGUAUAAACAGAGCAGGGUGAUCAUGUAUGCUCUAGCCAACACAGUCAAAAGGUUCCAUAAAGCAGAUGUUACUCCAGUGGUCACAGAUGUGUCAGAAUUCAUGGAAACACUGUUAAAUGACUGCUUGGGAGAAACCCUUGAUGACGAUUCUGACUUUCCUGCUGAUCCCAAAGAGAUUGCCUUCCUUGUACUUAAGGUGGUUGGUGUCAUGGGUCAAGCCAUGCAAGCUGUGAGCCCCAGUCUGAUUUCUUCCAUUUUGCGGUGUGCUAAGAAAACAGACAUUCCAUUAUCGAACCAAAAGGCAGCUAUACAGGCCUUCCGGUUGAUGGAUAUUAAUAAUGAGGUUAGAAACAUUUUCAUGGAGGUGUUCCAGGAUGCUCAUAGCCCUGUUGAAAAACGUGUAGCAACCUACCUGAUUCUGAUGAAGACCCCAGACCAAGCCCUGGUUAGAGACAUUCUGAAAAAUGUGGAGAAUGUAAGGGACGAGCAGCUCAAGAGCUUUGUCGUCUCUCAUCUGAAAAACAUCUGCAACUCCGGCGAGACACAAAUGUAUCAACUUAAGGGGCACAUUGAGUUGGCCUUGAGAGACCAGUUACCACCCACAAACAAAGUAUUUGAUGGCAUGUCAAGAAACUGCAAAAUAGACUCUCCCUUGGGCUCAGUGCAGAGUAACAUCAUCUUCGAUACCACUGACACCUUGCCUAAGGAGUUGAUGCUGGAGACCACUUUAAAGGUUUUUAACUUCAACUAUGACAUCUUUGAGGUUGGCAUUGAUGGAACAGGAUUUGAACCAACAAUUGAUGCUCUCUUCGGGGAACAGGGUUUCUUCCCUGACUCCAUUUCCAAAGCCAUGUACUGGGCAGAUGACAAAGCCAAGAUGCUAAGGGAGGUUUUGGAUAGAAUUACUCCAGAAAGAGAUAAAACGAAGAGACAGGUCCCACAGGAUCUCCUGAAAGAUAUCACAAAAGGUGUCCAGAAGCUCAUGAAUGACAUGCGUUUCUCUCCAGCCCCUGAAGCUAUUGCCUAUCUUCGGCUUCUCGGAGCUGAGAUAGGAUACAUCAAGACCAGUGACAUGAGAAAGAUGGCUGAAACUCUGUUCAUGUACUACCAUGUUUUCAUGAGGGUGCUACCUGCCAAGGCCAUUCUUUCAUUGACAUCUAGCACUGAAAAUGAAGUCUUUGCCCACUACAUCUUCAUGGAGAAUGCCUUCUCUUUACCCACUGCUGCUGGCUUUCCUCUGAAGUUCUCUUUGGCUGGUGUGUUUGCACCUGGUGCCAAGGGAGGCCUGACUCACUCACCUGCUAGCACAAUGAGUGACUUAUCCUUCAUGCCUUCAGUUGGGCUAGAAUUCAUCACCCAAAUGGGUGUGCACAUUUCAGACUAUGUGGAGGCUGGGCUUGAGAUGCACACUGAUAUGUACCACGAGAGUUCCCUCAAUGCUAAGGUCACCAUGAGCAGAAACCAGAUGAGACUGUCUAUACCUGCUCCCAAGUCAAACACACAUUUGUUCACCAUUAGCAACAAGUUGCUGUCAGUGUCCUCCAGUCAAACAAAAAUAGUGCCAUCCCUGUUGGAGAUGACUGACUCAACUGACUGCCAGCCCCUUUUCAGUGGUCUGAGAUUGUGCUCAAUAGUGAGUUUCUCCAAUGCUACUUCAAUACACCAGGCCUCAUAUUACUCCCUGACUGGAGAAAGCAGGUUUGCAUUUGAAAUCCAGCCGACAGGGGAAGUUUCAGAGUACACUGCCACCAUCACUAAUGGAAUGCUCAGAGAGGGUAAAAAGGGUCGUCAUAAAGUGGACUCAUUGAAGCUAACCCUAAGAGCAGAAGGGGACGAUUCAUCAGAGGUCACUGCAUCUCUGAAAUACAACCGCAACAAGAACACUCUCACCACUGAGGUUGUCAUUCCCGAUUAUAAUGUGGAAGCAGGCAUCAAGCUGGCUGUAACUGACAGUGAUACCAAAGGACCCAGGAUGAGAGGUAUCACCGUUGAUGUCACCAACAAGAACAUCCCACAGUUGACUCUCGUUGGACACACAAGACUUGACAUGAUGAAGGAUUCCAUGCUGCAACUCCAGAUGGUUAUCCCCUCUCUGAAAACGGAUGUCGCUGUCACUGCAACCCUGAAAAGAGAUGAGAAUGUGGUCAUGGACUUAGAGACAGUCAUCAACCUCCCUGAGACAUCCUAUCAACAGAAAGCUUCCCUCAAAUACAAUGUUGACAAGUUUGAAGUGGAACUAAAAUCAGAUCUAAAUUCUGAGAUUCAGAAACUGAUCCUAAAUGGCGAAGAUCAUCACAGGUGGCUGCAACAGCUCAUUGAUCAUAUUCUGGACCAAAGAGUAGCAAAGACUGAUAUGAAACUGCGUCACAUCGUCACUAAAGGAAUUGAGGCAGGUGAUAUAUGGUUAGAUAAAUUGACAGCACGCAUGCCCUAUCUUGCAAACCUGCGAAAUAAGAGGAGCAUCUCAGAUCUUACACUGGCAGCCCUGCCUGAGAAGCUGUUCCUGCAGUCUGACAGCUUGUUCAGAUACCAGUUCAACAAGGAUAAUAUGGCUAUCUCGCUUCCUCUUCCACAUGGAGGCAAAAAGUCACAUGAACUGAAUAUCCCAACCACUCUGUUUAUUCCCCUUAUAGAUUUACCAGAGAUAGGCCUAUAUAUCCCUGCCAAAAACUAUCCACUGCCAUCAUUUACUAUACCACUUUCUUUGGAUUUUACUGUUCCUCUUCUCGGUUUGGCUGAAGCAUCCACUAAGAUCACCAGCAACUUCUACAGCUGGGAAGGCUCCAUUUCUGGUGGUAACAAUACUGUUGAUGUCCCAAGCUACAUUGCACAGUACAAGGCUAUGGCCCAAUCACCAUUCAACCUACUGUCAUACAAGCUUGAAGGAGCCGGUAUGAUGUCAGGAAAUGCUGAUGAUAAUGUCAAGUAUCUUCUGAAUAGUUCCUUCAGCCAUAGCCUCAUUGACACAAGCUUCAGUGUGUUAGAAACAUUAAGGGUAACCAACAAAUUGAAUGCAAGAGCCAACUAUAAAAUCAAAGCCUCUAGUCCAGUGGGCCUGCAGGCCUUCCUCUACUAUUCUGCUCAGUCAACUUCAACUCUAGAUUCAGAUCAAGUCUCAGGAGAUGGCACCAUGGAUGGAUCACUUCAAAUAGGCUCAUUCUAUACCAAUACCUCCUACACCCACAGCUACAACCUACGUCCAAUAGAUGGAGAAGUAAGAGGAGAGUCCACCCUGCACUUUAACUCGCCAUUCUUUGAUGUUCACAACAUGAUCCAUGGAGUCUACGCAAACUCUGAGUUGAAUAUGGUGUCCAAAACCAAUGCCCAGAAGGACGUCCUCAAGCAUGGAGCAGAGCUCAAGUAUAAAGACGCUCAACUGACCCUAAAGUGUAACACCGUUGCCACUGCCAUGGGUCAAUUACUCAAUAACAAAGUUGAGCUUGGUGUGUCCAGCCAGAUGGCCAUCCUCAGAAUUGAGUCACAGGCAGAUGAUGACACAAAUAGGGCAUACUCACUUAUAGAAGCAUCCCUGGAUUCAAAUGUGCUUCAGGUAAACUCUGAAGGUUCCAUCAUCUUUCACACAGGUCGUGGAUUGCACAAAGCUUCGGUUAUUGUUGGCAGAAAUGGUCUGACCUCAAGUGGAACUAACAGCAUUCAGUGCAGUCCUGUCAUGGUGGAGAAUAUAUUCAGUGGUGCCAUAAACAACAAUGGAGCAUCCCUGUCCACCAGGACGAAAGCGAUGGCUGAGGAAAGCAGAGGAGAGCUGAAUGUUGAGGGUAAAAUAACAGCUGUGGAAGCCUCUUUGAAUGGUGUCCUCAAAGGCCAUGCAUACGAUGCAACCACAAGAAACAUCAUGGAUAUUGUACUGAACCGUAGGGCUCUGACCUUUACGAGCAAUACCAUGGGAACAUUGAAGCAGAUGAAUACAGAAAAUAGCCACACACUGACCCUCACUAUGUGGACCCUAGCACUCCACUCCAAGACUCACAAUGUCAUCUGUAAAGAUAUUUACUACAAGCAAGACACCAAGGUUCAUAUGAAGCCAUUUGUUACGUCACUUGAUAUGACAAAUGACCUCAAGUUUUAUGAUGUUACAUGGAACAAUGGAGGGCACUUGAAGAUUGAGCCAAUUAAGAUGGAUCUGAGUGGAAGUAUGAAGGGAGCUUAUGGAGAAGAACACAACAUUAAGCAUACCUAUCAACUCAAUUAUGAUGAUAUGGCUGGAACAAUGAAAUACAACACAUCUGGAAAUGUAAUGGACGCCCAGCUAAGUCACAACUGUGAACUGGAGUUUGCUGGAUUUUCCUCUAAGUCAAACUGUGAGUCACAAAUAAAUUCUGAGUCUCUACGUUUUGACAGCACCAUUCGCACCAUGGCACUGCCUUUCAGCCUCACUGUUGAUGCUCUUGUCAACGGUGAUGGACAAAUUAAUCUAUAUGGGAAGCACACUGGUCAGCUGUAUAGCAAGUUGUUAGUUAAAGCCGAGCCCCUAGCUCUUGCAUACUCACAUGACAGCCAGGUAUCAACCACACAUAUGUUUCCAAGUGGGAAGUCUUCCACUAAUUUAGACAACACAUUUGAUGGCCUCCUAACACCAAGGGACCAUUAUCUGACCUGGAAAGUAAGAUAUAAGAUAAACAACAAUACUUUUAACCAGGACAUUGGUGCUUUCCAUAAUCCUGAGAAGGUUGGAUUUGAGUUUUUGGGAGUGAUAUUAACAGAUAUUUUCAGCAAAUUGAGCAAAGACAAGAGAUCAGAAAUACAAGAAUUUAGUAUUGCUGGUUUCCUCAAGUAUGACAAGAACAGUGAAUGUCAUAUUGUUGAAAUCCCAUUAAUUGAAAGCUUUCCUGUUGCUUUUGAGCAGCUCAAGAACACACUUGUACAAGCCUUAGAAUCGAUUCAACAGUUCAUCAACAAUUUAGAUAUCAAUCAGCUAAUCACUGACUUUAGAGACAAGUUAGAUCAUCUACCUAUACAAUUAAGUGACUUCAUACACAAAAUAGACUUGGAGAACAAAGUGAAUCAAGUAAAAGCAAAACUUGAUUAUUUGAUCAAUGAGUUUACUGUAAAAAUGGAUGACUUGGAGGUUGCGAUAAACAACUUGAGAGAGAGCAUGGAAAAUACGAUAAUGGACAUUGUCAACCAAAUUAGUGACAUCAUCCUAGCAAUCAGAGACUAUGUCAAGGCCGGCCACUUUGCCAAAAAGAUAGACCUGCUUUUACAAAUUGUAAAUCAGCUUCGGGUCAUUAAUGAGAAGUAUGAAAUCAAAAAGUUAAUCGUCAAAGCUCUAGAUAACAUCGAGGACAUCAUCAGCCAGAUAGAUUUACAGAAGCUCACAGAAAGCAGUACUGCAUGGCUGCGUGGACUUGAUUCUAAAUAUAGAAUCUUGGAGAAAAUAAAAGACAAACUGUCUGAAAUUAAACAGGCCAUUGAGAACUUUGACAUCAAUGUGUUUUUCCAAGAUGUAAAGGAUUACCUUCUCUCAAUUGAUUUAGACAUUUAUGUUGAACAGCUGUCAUAUAAAAUCCCCUCUUCAGAGAUUGCAAAAGUGUUGGAAUCUAUGAAUGAUGUUAUUGUCAACUGGAUUGACGAAUAUGAAGUCCCUAACAAAAUCAAUUCUGUGUAUUCAUACAUUAGGGAUACACUUUUAAAAUACAAUGUUGAUGAUACAGUUAAAGAAUUAAUGGAUCAGUUAGUGAUUCUCAUCAAGGAAUUCAAAAUUGAAGAGACUGUGCAAUUGAUGGUCGAUGCUCUGAAUUCAAUCCACUUUGAAUUUGUUCAUGAUAAAAUUAUGCAACUUCUGUACAGUGUAACAAGGCAAGUCAAAGCAACUUACUUUAGGAAAAGCAUUGAUGGCCUUAAUGAACACAUUUCUUCAAUGGUUACCUCAUUAAAGGAAUUUGACUACAGUGCAUUUGUUCAUGAGACCAACAAGAAAAUUGUUGAAUCAACAAACUAUAUCAAUGAGCAGAUUAAAACAUAUGAGAUUGUACAGAAAUUUGAGGCAAUACGGAAUUUUUUCAGAGAGAUCCAAAGUUCCAUCUUCACAUAUUUGGACAAACUCAAAAACACAAAGGUGACUGACACUCUAAAGAAACUGAAAAAUGUGAUUGACACUACAAUUUACAAUGACAUCCAGUUGAAAGUGCAGGAUAUACUUGAAGACAUGCGUCAAAGAAUCCUUGACAUGGAUAUCAGAAAGGAAAUGUACAUUUAUCUCCAAAGAGCAAGUGAAUCUUACAGCAAUGUGGUUACCUACAUUUCUGCACAGUUUAACCAACUGAUAGAGAAGAUCAGAAAAGUGACCAAUGACAACGAGAUUAUCACACAGAUGAAGCAAACUGCAGAUGGAGUAAUGGGUGCACUGAAAAGAGCUGAGAUUGAAGUUCCAACUUUUACUGUACCGUUCACUGACCUUAUCAUUUCAUCAUUUAUAAUAAACCUGAACAAACUGCAGGAGAUUAGCAUUCCAGCUCAAAUUUAUUUCCCUGAAGUCAACAUCCUCAAUUACUACAUAAUUCCUGCCUUUACCAUAGACUUUGAUGAGAUCAAAGCACAUAUAGUAGCACUCAUAGACGAUAUCAGAAGAUUUGAGAUCAAAAUGCCUGACCCUGAGGACAUUUUUGGUGACCUAAAAGUUCUUUACCUUUUUAAACUAUCAGAUCUCACCUUCCCAGAAAUAACUCUUUCAGAAGUCAAAUUUCCAGUCAUCAAAAUCCCCAAGUUAUAUCUGAAGGACUUUAAAAUUAUAAUGCUUCCAAUUCCAGAGAUUAAAUUACCUGAGGUUCCCAGUGACAUUUGCAUGCCAGUUUUUGGCAAACUCCAUUGUGAAUUUAGAGUCAGCUCCCCAAAGUACACUCUGGAAACAAUAGGCAAGAUUGAGAACUCAACGUCCACACCAAAAAAACCACAGUUUACAGCCACUCUUACUUCUCAUGUCAAAUCAUCUAUCGAACCCCUUGAAUACACCUUUGAAGCCACUGCUCAGUUGGAAGCUCCCAGAAUGAAGAAGUUGCUAUUCACAGAAACCGUUAAAGCUACACAUAUGGCCUUCUCCAUUGAUCAUGAGGGAUCCUUGACAUUAACUAGCAUUUCUGCUGAGGCUUCAGCUAAGACCACUACCAAGGCCACAAGUCAAAUCUACAUGGCAUAUUUGGUCAACAAUAUGGCACUUACAUUAAAGAAAGGACUAUCUGCAGCCAUAGACACAGCCUACAACCACAAUUUGGAUGUCCCAUCAAUUGAAACUUCAAGUCAGGCAUCAGUGAAACAGAAUAUAGCAGCCACCAUGGAAUCAGGCAGAGUAACUGUGACCGGUGAAACUACUGGUAAUGGAAAGUGGUCCAUUCAAGACUACUCUGAUGAAGGUACACACACAAGCAAUGUAGAAUUCAGCAUAAAUGGUGGCACUGCAAAGUUAACUUUAGCAGGAGAAACAGACUGUAAGGCUAUGAAAUCGAAGCAAACAUUGACUGCUGAAUCUGUGAUCUUAAGCCGUAUUACUGUUGAAGCUAGAUGUGAAAAUGAAUUUCUAUCUGUCAAGAAGAGUGUUAUGAUUUUAAAUGGAGAGGCUCAUAUUGGGAACUUGAAAGUUGCAGUGGCAGCCUCUCAUGAUGUUGAAUUCACUGGAGAUCUGACUGGAUUCAUGGCCAACUCGCUGGAAUUCUUGGCCCAUCCAUUUGAAAUUGUGCUUGAUGUUAAGAAUAGAGUAAACUCAAAGAUGUUGUUCCCAUUGAAACUUACUGGCAAGGUCGAUCUGCAGCAUGAUUAUAGUGUCAUACUAAACUCUGAGAAUCAGCGUGCUUGUUGGUUUACUUUGGCAAGAUUCAACCAUUACAACUACAAUCACAACUUUACAGCAGAAAACAAUGAAGUUAACACCUUCUUUCAAUCAUCAGCUAAUGGAGAGGCAAAUCUGGACUUUUUGACUGUUCCUUUAUCUAUCCCAGCAAUAACUGUACCUUAUCUUGAGAUUAAAACCCCCGAGGUCAGAGACCUGUCUCUGUGGGAAAAUGCUGGAUUCGAAACCUUGCUCACAAAUCCUCAACAGUCAUUCAAUAUAAACCUGAAGCUUCAUUACUACAAGAACCCUGAUACACACAGCUUUGAAUUACACCUUGAACCAAUUUAUAAUACAAUUAUUGACAACACCAACAUCAUCCAGGCUCAAUUUGAACACUCUAGGGACAAAGUAGUUACGCUUCUAAAAGAUUCCUACAACCAAGCAAAGGCCCAUUAUAUCAAACACAAAAUGGACACCUCUAGUCUGCCUCCUAGAAUUUUCACUGUCCCUGGAUACAAAAUACCAUUUUUAAAAAUUGAGGUUUCGGCUUUCAGGGCUGAGAUGCCGGCCUUUAGCUACUUUGUUCCCAAGGAGGUCAGUACACCACGCUUCAAAGUUCCAGUACUGGGUUUCUCUGUGCCAUCCUAUACCAUCAUACUACCAUCUAUGGAAUUACCUGUCAUCCAUGUUCCAGAAACAUUAAGUGAAAUAAAGCUGCCCACUUUCACACUACCAGCCAUUCAGAACAACAUUUUGAUCCCAGCCCUUGGUAACAUAACUUGUGACUUCUCCUUAAAAUCCACUGUGAUUACCUUAAGUGCUAAUGCUGGUCUUUACAACCAGUCUGACAUUGUUGCUCGGUUUAGCACUUUCUCAACAUCUAUGUUUGACAUUUUGAAUGGAAAAAUGUAUGGCACCACCAGUCUGUCAAGAAAGAGAGGACUAAAGCUGGCCACCACUGUGUUGAUAGUGCAUAACAAUGUGGAAGCAAACCAUGAAUGUGCUAUUAGUCUCACCAAAAGGAGUAUGGAAGCAUCUGUAGCCAACACUGCAACAAUGAAUCUACCCUUCCUCAAUCUUGAAUUGAAUCAAGAACUCACAGGAAAUACCAAGACCACGCCACAUGUUGCUUCCAAGAAAAAAUUAAAAUACAUGUUUAACAUUCCUUUGAUUGAGACUAUAGGCAAAGGAAAUCUUGAUAUGAACUGGGCACUGGAAGCACUUUCUGCCCAUGUGUCACUUGAGACCUCUACCCGAUGGAAAUCAGACAUAACGAUAAUAGAUAGUUGUAACUUUAAUGGAGAUCUAGAAAAUGAGGCCAGGUUCUACCUUAAUUCCAAUAGCCUGCGUUCAACUUCCAGGACUUCCUUCAAUCUAAACAUUGACCAACAGGGGAAACACAAACGAAGCUUAAACAACAACAUCCUCCAUUCUGACGUGACUAACAACUUGGCUCUUGAGGUCUCUUUGAGGAGAAUCUUUGCAACAGCUGAAUACACCAGCAAUAAUAAUGUUGAAUCUGCAUCUUUCAAAACUAAUGGAAAGCACAGUGUUAAAGGAGAACUAGAAUGUGUUCCUUUAACAACAUUCAAGACUAAACUGAACAUUGCGGCAAGUCAGACAAAUAGUUUCGGUGAAGCUGGACUCAUUCAGAGUAUCAACCUUGCCAUCAGCUCAGAGAAGCAGUCUUUCACUUGGAGUGUUAAGGAACAACUGGCAUCUCUCAUCCAUGCUUGGGAUUUGCUUGUGUUUAAUGAUGAAUCUGAAGUACGCAUGGACAUGACAGGAUCAGUGGAAGGCCACCUAGCUUUCUUGAACGAAGUUAGGAUUCCUGUAUAUCAGAAGACCUUCUGGGAUGUUCUGGAGUAUGACCAGGUCACAAAUAUGGACGAGUUACAAUUCCUUAACAUCUCUUCCAGCAUUGUGUACACAAAGACCAUGGAUGGCCAGGAGUAUACAAUACCAUUUAAACUAUUUGAAAACGGCAUCACUUUUAGCAUCCCUGAGAUUAGCAUUGCAGUGCCUUCUUGGGUAAAAGAAAUACCACACUCCAUAAGAAACAUAGACAUGCGAUUUGAAAACCUGGAUGUCCCUGAUCAUCUCACUCUUCCCCCUGCAAUCUUGGUUCCAGCCUUUGAUGUGCCAUUUACCAACUUGCAUGUAGAGCCCUUAACAAUUGAUCCUAAGAACCUUAAAAUCCCAAAGGUGAUCACCAUUACUACAAACUUUGAACUUCCAACCAUCGUCAUCGCAGAGCAAACAAUUGAAAUCCCUGACAUUGCCUUACAUCUGCCUUUAAGUGUGUUUAUUCCAGCUUUUGGCGCAAUCAGUGCCACUCUAAAAGUGUCCUCCCCUAUUUAUAAUGUGUCAACAACUGCCAACCUUGAGAAAAGGGACUCUAGCCUUGUAACUUCACUGAAUUCCAUCUGUUCUUCUGUCAUGAUCUUCUUGGAAUAUGAUCUCAAUGCCAGUGCAACCCUUGGAUUUUAUAAUGGAGCAAUCAAUCUAAAUGGGAAGUGCAACUUGAUUCACAGUGAUGUAAAUGUGGACUGGCAACAUCUUUUGGCACAAAACCUGAGAGAGAAAAGAGAGGAAGAUGAGGUUAAAAGGGAUUCUCGUCAUACUCUCAAUGUUGACAUCACUAGCCGAACAUUUGUGGAUGCAAGCUUCCGCUUUGCUUCACGCAAAGAUGGCAUCACUGCAUCUAUGUCUUGUCCAUCAUCUGGUUUCCUUGGAUUGCAGUUUCAGCGGAAGUCUCCGUCACAGUUGUAUGGAAAACUGUUUAGUCGCUACCAGUCUACUCCUGAAAAGGAUACUGAUGUUUUCACUGCCAAAGCCAUGUUGAGAAACUCUCAGAAGUUAAUCUUACAGACGUCAUGGAAUUCAGAUUUCCUUCAUGAUGUGAUUGAGGGUACCAAGGACAGGAUUCCACCUAUGACUGAUGCUGUGCUUAAGUUCAUUAACAAGUACCACACCGCUCACUUUGGCUUUGAUCUCAACCGGGGUGGCAUUAAGCUGAAAAACACAGUUUCCAAUGUUAUAGAGAAAGCCUAUGUCUUUUCACCUUUGUCUUUUAACACACUGCAGAAUUCAAUCAAAUACUUCAGUGAUCAAGGAAAAGACAUGUACAGGAAGGCUUCUGACAUAAUGAUGUCCAUGAGUUUGCAGGAUGUUGUUGACAGGUUGGCUCAUGUGAUUAGACAAGUCUUGAAACACAGUGAAGACAAGAUUUAUGUCUUGCUAAAUGCAGUCACACAGUUCUUGAGUGACAUAAAGUUGACAUUGCCUGGAUCUGAAGAGAACCUCUCGAGCAUGGAGAUGGUCCAACGAACUCGUCGGUCUGUAUCAAGAGCCACCGACAGAGCAAUCCAAAGAUUUUCCAGCAUCGUGGAGAAUAUUUCUAGAUACAUCAAAGGAAUAUGGUUCACCAUACCUGGAACUGAUGUUGUAAAUGGAAAUGAGAUAAUGGAUAAACUGAUGUCUUCUAUGAGAUCUGUAUAUGAUCAGCUAAGACAUUCAGCGCUAAGGGGGUUUGAUUUGUUUCACAAAACAGUUAAUGAUCUUUUACAGGUAAUUGUUGAAAAAGCAGAGAAUCUGAUCACCUACUUAAAAGAUAAAAACAUUGAAAUUGCUUAUCAAGUUGAUGCCUUCUAUGCAGAGGUGCUGCAGUCUUCAAACCAGCAUACUGAGGAGGCAAAGAGAUAUGUGGCUGAGUAUAAAGACCAUGUCAAACUGAUGAUUCAAGAGGCUCAUAAUGCUUUAAGUAUUGAGCAGGUAAAUAACAAUACCCAGGAGUUUAUCAGUAUUUUGCAGUCAUAUCCCCAUGGAGGACUUAAUGGAAGCAUACAUCUAAUGAGAAGGACAUCCGAGAGCACAGUCCCAUACAUUAGAUUGAGCAAUAAAAAGAUGGACAUUGAAAUUCCUUUACCCUUUCUUUGGAAGUCUUUCAGCUAA